CCUCACAGCAUGGGGAACAAACAGACCGUUUUCACAGCCCAGCAGCUGGAUGCUUAUCAGGACUGCACCUUCUUCACCAGGAAGGAAAUUUUGCGGCUCUUCCACCGCUACCGUGACCUGGCACCUCAACUCGUGCCGCUUGACUACACCAGCAAGCCAGAUGUGAAGCUGCCCUACGAGCUCAUCGGGAGCAUGCCGGAGCUCAAGGACAACCCCUUCCGGCAGAGGAUAGCCGAGGUGUUCUCCGAGGAUGGCGAGGGCAACAUGACCCUGGACGACUUCCUCGACAUGUUCUCGGUGCUGAGCGAAAUGGCGCCGCGCGACCUCAAAGCCUACUACGCCUUCAAGAUCUACGACUUCAACAACGACGACUACAUUUGCAAAGCGGACCUGGAGAAGACGCUCAACAAGUUGACGCGCAGCGAGCUCACGGCCGAGGAGGUGCGGAUGGUGUGCGAGAAGGUGAUGGACGAAGCCGAUCUGGACAACGAUGGGCGCCUCUCGCUCGAGGACUUCCAGCACAUGAUCAUCCGUGCACCCGACUUCCUCAGCACGUUCCACAUUAGGAUUUGA